AUGACGCUGACGCAGGGAGUCCGACUCUUGCUGAAGCGGCUGCGGCGAAGCCCCGGAACAGGGAGCGGGGCCUGGGGCCUGGGGCCUGGGUUGAAGGGACGACCCCCCUCCCCACCGAUGAGCGAUGAGCCCCUGGCUGGAUCGGCAGUGCACGUUCACGCUUCUGGUGGCCUCGCAGUUGUGCUUCCUGGUCUACUAUUCCUUCGGGGGACUCCAGAGCCUCGCCGCCUUCUUCUCCUGGGACAGCGAGCCAGCCUGGGACUACAGCAGGACUCACGAUGUCUACACCAACCUCAGCCUCAUCCAGCGGGCCGGCACCGGCACCCAGAGCCUCCCCGACUGCCCGGACAAGUCCCCCUACCUGGUCGGCCCGCUCAGCAUCCAGUUCGACAGCGUCCCCCCGCUCGCCGUCAUCCAGGAGCGGAACCCCCUGGUGCAGGAGGGCGGCUUUUACAUCCCCCCGAACUGUGUGCCUCGGUACCGCACGGCCCUGAUUGUCCCCCACCGCAAUCGGGAGACCCACCUCCGGCACUUCCUCUAUUACCUGCACCCGUUCCUGCAGAGGCAGCAGCUCCAGUACGGCAUCUACAUCAUCCACCAGGCGGGUAACCAGACCUUCAACAGGGCCAAGCUCCUGAACGUCGGGGUGAAGGAGGCUUUGCGAGAUGAAGAGUGGGAUUGCCUCUUCCUGCACGACAUCGACCUCAUCCCGGAGAACGACUACAACCUGUACGUCUGCGACGCCGGAAACCCCAAGCACGUCUCCAUCGCCAUGAACAAAUUCGGCUACAGGCUUCCAUACAAGACAUACUUUGGUGGGGUGUCAGCAGUUACUCCAGAACAGUAUCUCCAGAUGAAUGGCUUCCCCAAUGAAUAUUGGGGCUGGGGUGGGGAGGAUGAUGACAUAGCGACCAGGCUGCAAUUGGCAGGGAUGCGGAUUUCUCGCCCUCCCCUCUCUCUGGGACGAUACAAAAUGAUCAAACACAAACUGGACAAGGGCAAUGAGGAGAAUCCAAGAAGGUUUGACCUUCUCUACAGGACCCGGAGAUCCUGGAGACAGGACGGUAUGAACUCCCUGUCCUACGUCACCCUGAGCCGCCAGCGACUGCCCUUGUUCACCAACAUCACCGCUGACAUCGGGCCGGGUCCCAGCAGAAAAAGUCCGCGGGGGCCGCAAGGAGGGAGCCUAAAAGGGGCAGAGGCUGGGGCGAGCCGGGCAACAGGAGGCACAUGACCCCUUACCCCCCACCCCCCCCUCCAUAUCAGCUGAGAGUCCAUGAAGCUGAACAGAUUGAUCAGAAGACACUAGGGAUAUUUGGGAGGUAGUGGGUGUCGGGGGUUGUGAACUCUGACCUCCAAGGUGGUGGCCUCUUCCUCUUUUGCCUUGGUCGUGGUUCGAACAUGUCUAGCGUGUGUGUGUGUGAGUGUGUGUAUGUGUGUGUGUGUAUAUGUGUGUGAGUGUGAGUGUGAGUGUGUGUGUGUGUGUGUGAGUGUGUGUGUGAGUGUGUGUGUGUGAGUGUGUG